UAGGUAUGAAAACAAUAAGAAAUAGAAUUAGAAUGACAAACAACGAGGAAUAUAUAUUAAACCGUUAAAAUGUAAAUAUAUCGUGUUUGUGUCGAUUAUCAAUAAAUAUUUAACUAAAUUCGAAGUCCAUCAACAUGGAUAAUAUAAUACUAAGACGGAAUAACAUUUGCCGUACGUGUCUUUGCGAGGCGUCGGAUUGUAAAUCUCUAUUAAGCAAAGUGGUAGGAGAUGAUCGAACUCUUUGUGAGGUUUUAUCUUUUAUAACCGGUGUCGAUAUUUCUAUAUGUGAAGAAUAUCCUAAGCAGGUUUGUAAUGAGUGCCAUACUAUGAUAUACAAAGCAGAUGAUUUUAAAAAGAGAUUCAUUCAAUCCGAGAGCAUAUUAAAAAGCGGAAUCCUGACAGCAAAUUUUAGCGAUUUAAUAAAGAAUGAAAUAAUUAAUGAAUCACAUUUACCAAUCGAUAAUCAAUUGCACGAUAAUUAUGCUAGUUAUAUAAAAAAGUCACAGAAUUCAGACAUAGAAAAGCCUAUAAAUACUUUUUGUCUAAGUUCUGAUAAUUAUAAAUACGAAAAUUCGAUAAAAGAAGAGCGAGAUGAUUAUUUACAAAAUGAUAUUGAUGAUUUAACGGAUAGUAUUGUUAUAGAAAAUACUCAUUUACCAGAUUACCCACAAAAAUGUAUAUGUAGUUUUGUGUCUGUAGAUAGAUCUGAGUUCGAAGUACAUACAAAAGAAUGUAAAAUGUGCAUUGAUAAAGACAAUGUAAUAAAACUGUUAUGUCCAACAUGCAAUGAAAACUUUUCUAAUUUAGAGUUACUACAAAUACAUAUAAAUAAUCACAAAGAAAAUCUAGAUUGUAAAAAUGACGAGUGUCCUAAAUGUAAAAAGAAAUUCGAAAACGGAACACUAUUAAUAGCUCAUAUGAAAAGUCAUAAAAACAAAAUUAGGGAUAAACAUAAGAAGACUAAAAAUAAUUCAAAGAAUGGUCAAAUCAUACCUCUAAUGUGCAGUCAAUGUAAGGAACAGUUUUCUAAUCUCGAUGAGUUAACAAUUCAUAUGAAAGUCCACGUUGAAACCAAAUUAAAAAGUGAAGAAAAGAACUUCCAAUGUUCGAUGUGUAUGAGAAAAUUUGUACAUAAACUAUCGUUAAUCUCUCACAUAAAGCGACAUGAAGAUAAAAAGCAGACGAAGUAUACUUGCAAGGCGUGCAAACGUGAAUUUCACCACCGAGCCCACUUAGAUAACCAUAUAAACUUAGUUCACUCAAAAGAAAAAGGCGUAUCAUGUAACGAUUGUGGUAAAAGCUUCUCAACUCAAGAUUGCCUCGAUCUCCACAUGGAAAGCCAUAAAGUUGAUAAGAAACAUCAAUGUAAAGUCUGUAACAAAACUUUCACAAUGUUAUCAACACUAACAGAGCACAUGAGAAUUCAUACUGGUGAAAAGCCGUUCCUAUGUUCUAUAUGUGGAAGGGGGUUUAGUCAGAAGAAUAAUUUAGUUCAGCACAUCAUGAGACAUCAGGGUCUAAAGCCUUUUAAAUGUGAACAUUGUGAGCACAGAUUUGUAUCAAAAGGAGAAUUACACGCACACACCCGUAAACACAGCGGAGCCCAUCCUUUUAUAUGCGAUGAGUGUGGAAACAGUUUCACCACAUCCAGUUCAUUGACAAAACAUCGCAGAAUCCACAGUGGAGAAAGACCAUACGCCUGUGACUUAUGUUCUAUGAGAUUCGCUGUACUUGGAACUUUGAAGAACCAUAGACGUACUCAUACGGGAGAGAAACCUUACAAAUGUUCUCAUUGCAAGAAAGCGUUCAUACAGAGAAAUGAUUUAGUUUCUCAUAUUCGUUGCCAUACUGGGGAACGGCCUUUUAUUUGUACGAGUUGUGGCCAAGCAUUCAGAAAAGCUUCAGCAUUGAAAGUGCAUAUAAAGAUUCAUGCAAAGGAACCUAUGUUAUUAUAACAAACGGUGUAAUAAUUUUUUUUUAUCAUAUCAAAAAUGCAGAUUAGACCCCCAAUGUUUGAUAUGAUAU